UGAUCCGUCGCAGGUCCGAGCUUUGCUCGCGGACUCGGACGUGAAGCUGAAACUGCGAGAUGCGACAGUUUGAGGAAAGUUUUUGAAGGGAGCGCGUUUCUUACGCACAUGUUUUUUUUUUAAGAUUUCACAAGACACAAUUCAAAUACAUGUGACAUCAAAGUUAAAAAAAACUAACGGAUCUUCACUUUAUUUGGGAUCCCUUUGGUGUGUUAGCGACUUUAUAUUGCAUCUCUGGUCUGAAAUCCUCCUCUUUGCUUCUCUUAGCAACUGCGGUAAUGUGAGUUUGUUUUUCGUUGCGUGCGUACUAGAGUAAAUACGGUAGGCACGGUUCUCGAGCAAAGUGAAGGUCCUACAAGAUACAUAACGCCUACGUGCUUUUACUGGAGAAAUGUGGAGAAAAAUCACCUCCAAAAUGAGUCAACUUAUUAGUUAUAUUUCACUGCCGUAAAGGGGAGAAAAAUCACCUUUCAGUGCCAUUUUACUGUAGUAAUGUGGAGAAAAAUCUGUUUAAAAUUACCCCUAUAAUAAAUGUUACUGUAGUAAUGUGGAGAAAAAUCUGUUUAAAAUUACCGCUAUAACAAAAGCCAUUUACAGAAUGCUGACAUUUGAUCUUACCUCACAUCAAUUCCUUCAUGUUCCUCUUUUUUUUUUUUGCAUAUUGUUCCUGUCAUCUCACUCUACCUCUGGUACAAUUUUGGUAACAUUUUACUGUAGAAAUUUGGAGAAAAAUCAUUUUGAAAUGACCCCCUAUGAUAAACUAUACUGUGUAUAGAGGAUCUUUGCUACCGUAUUUACUCUAGUACGCACGCAACGAAAAACAAACAGCGGCUCACAUUACCGCAGUAAGGCUUUCAUUUGAGGAAGACUGCGUCAGCCUUGUGAUUAUUUCUCGCCCUUUUUCAGAUGAAGGUGUGUGUGUGAGCUGACGUGGACGUGAAUUCAGCAGAAUGGACCAGUGUGAGGAUGGAGAGGAGGGAGUCCCUCCCUCUAAAACCUCUCUGUGUGGGGAACAUGAGAGUUGGAGCAAAGCUCAGAGGAAUCGACCUGGACCUGGACCUGGACCUGGACCUGGACCUGGACCUGAACCUGGACCUGGACCUGGACCUGAACCUGGACCUGGACCUGGACCUGGACCUGGACCUGGACCUGGACCUGGACCUGGACCUGGACCUGGACCUGAACCUGGACCUGGACCUGGACCUGGACCUGAACCUGGACCUGGACCUGGACCUGGACCUGGACCUGGACCUGGACCUGAACCUGGACCCAGCUGUGUGUCGUUGAAGAGUGACAAGUCAAUGGAAUAUAUUAUUACCUUCAAAGGAGACCAACGUUCUGCUGUAAAGAGGGUCCAUCAGAAAAGAGACUCUUUUGAACAUGAACCCAGCUGUUUGUCCUUGAAGAGUGACAAGUCAAUGGAAUAUGUUAUUACCUUCAAAGGAGACCAACAGUCUUCUACAGAGAGAGUGGACCAGCAGAUCUCAGAGCCUCCCAGCGGUCCGUCUGUCCAGCAGCAUCAGACACAGCUGGACUCCAUAUUUCUGCUUCUGGAGGACAACAUUGUAAUGUUUGUGAAGAACGAGCUGAAGAAGAUCCAGAGGGCUCUGAGUCCCGAUUACCCAGAAUCCCUAGAGCAUCUGUUGCAGGGUGAGGAUGAAGAGCAGAGGAGGAGCAGCAGAGAGGCGUUUGUGAAGAUCACAGUGAACUUCCUGAGGAGAAUGAAGCAGGAGGAGCUGGCUGAGCGUCUGCAUAGCAGUACUUUUGCUAAAGUGUGUAAAAAGCAGCUGAAGUCUGAGCUGAAGAAGAAGUCCCAGUGUGUGUUUGAGGGGAUCAUUAAAGCAGGAAACCCAGCCCUUCUGGAGCAGAUCUACACAGAGCUCUACAUCACAGAGGGAGGGACCGGAGAGGUCAACCAUGAACAUGAAGUCAGACAGAUUGAAGCAGCUUCCAGGAAACCAAACAGGGCAGAAACAACCAUCAGACAGGAAGACAUCUUUAAACCCCCACCUGGAAGAAAAGGACCAAUCAGAACGUUGAUGACGAAGGGAGUGGCCGGCAUCGGGAAAACAGUCCUAACACAGAAGUUCAGUCUGGACUGGGCUGAAGGCAAAACCAACCAGGACAUCCAGUUCCUGCUUCCAUUCACCUUCAGACAGCUGAAUGUGCUGAGAGAGGAGAAGUUCAGCUUGGUGGAACUUGUUCAUCACUUCUUCUCUGAAACCAGAGGAAUCUGCAGCUUUGAAGAGUUCCAGGUCGCGUUCAUCUUUGACGGUCUGGAUGAGAGUCGACUUCCUCUGGACUUCCACAACUCUACAGUCGUCAGUGACCCCAGAAGGUCCACCUCAGUGGACGUGCUGCUGACAAACCUCAUCAGGGGGAACCUGCUUCCUUCUGCUCGUCUCUGGAUCACCACACGACCCGCAGCAGCCAAUCAGAUCCCUCCUGAGUGUGUCUCCAUGGUGACAGAAGUCAGAGGGUUCACCAACCCACAGAAGGAGGAAUACUUCAGGAAGAGGUUCAGAGAAGAGGAGCAGACCAGCAGGAUCAUCUCCUACAUCAAGACAUCACGGAGCCUCCACAUCAUGUGCCACAUUCCAGUCUUCUGCUGGAUCACUGCUACGGUCCUGGAGAACGUCCUGGAGAAAGUCCUGGAAACUAGAGAAGGAGGGAAGCUGCCCAAGACCCUGACUGAGAUGUACAUCCACUUCCUGGUGGUCCAGGCCAAACUGAAGAAGGUCAAGUAUGAUGGAGGAGUUGGGACGGAUCCACACUGGAGUCCAGAGAGCAGGAAGAUGGUGGAGUCUCUGGGAAAACUGGCUUUUGAGCAGCUGCAGAAAGGAAACCUGAUCUUCUAUGAACCAGACCUGAGACAGUGUGGCAUCGAUGUCAAAGAGGCUUCUGUGUACUCAGGAGUGUUCACCCAGAUCUUUAGAGAGGAGAGCAGCCUGUACCAGGACCAGGUCUUCUGCUUCAUCCACCUGACUGUUCAGGAGUUUCUGGCUGCUCUUCAUGUCCAUCAGACCUUCAUCAAGUCUGGAGUCAACCUUCUGGAGGAACAAAGGAACACAGAGACUGAGCUCUAUCAGAGUGCAGUGGACAAGGCCUUACAGAGUCCCAACGGACACCUGGACUUGUUCCUCCGCUUCCUCCUGGGUCUUUCACUGGAGACCAAUCAGACUCUCUUACGAGGUCUGCUUGAACCAAAACAAAGAAGUUCACAGAACAAUCAGGAAACAGUUGAAUACAUCAAGAAGAAGAUCAGUGAGGAUCUGUCUGCAGAGAAAAGCAUCAACCUGUUCCACUGUCUGAAUGAACUGAACGCUGGUUCUCUGGUGGAGGAGGUCCAACAGUCCCUGAGGUCUGGACUUCUCUCCACAGAUAAACUGUCUCCUGCUCAGUGGUCGGCUCUGGUCUUCAUCCUACUGUCAUCAGAAGAUCUGGAGGUGUUUGACCUGAAGAAAUACUCAGCUUCAGAAAACGUUCUACGGAGGCUGCUGCCGGUGGUCAAAGCCUCCAAGAAAGUUGUGUUGAGUGGUUGUAACCUCUCACCGUACAUCUGUGCACAUCUAUCCUCAGUUCUCAGCUCUCAGUCCUCCAGUCUGACAGAACUGGACCUGAGUCACAACCCCCUGCAGGAUUCAGGACUGAAGAAUCUGUGUCCUGGACUGGAGAGUCCACACUGUCACCUGGAGUCUCUCAGGUUGAGUGGUUGUAACCUCUCAGGGAACAUCUGUCCACUUCUGUCCUUAGUUCUCAGCUCUCAGUCCUCCAGUCUGACAGAACUGGACCUGAGCAACAACCCCCUGCAGGAUUCAGGACUGAUGAAGCUGUGUCCUGGACUGGAGAGUCCACACUGUCACCUGGAGUCUCUCAGGCUCUCAGACUGUCUGAUCUCAGAGAAAGGCUGUGUUUCUCUGGUCUCAGCUCUGAGCUCCAACCCCUCCCACCUGAAAGAGCUGGACCUGAGCUGCAACCAUCCAGGAGAGUCAGCAGUGAAGCUUUUGUCUGCUGGACUGAAGGAUCCCCGCUGGAGACUGGACACUCUCAGGGUGGAGCCUGCUGGACAACGAUGGUUGAAACCAGAUCCGAGGAAUUAUUCCUGUCAACUCACCAUCGACACAAACACAGUAAACAAACUCAUCAAACUGUCUGACAACAACAGGAAGAUGAUGUUUGUGAAGGAGCUUCAGUCAUAUCCUGAUCAUCCAGACAGGUUUGAUCGCCUUCCUCAGCUGCUGUGUAGAGAAGUUCUGACGGGUCGCUGUUACUGGGAGGUCCAGUGGAACGGACAGGUUUCUGUAUCAGUGAGUUACAGAAGAAUCAGCCGGAGAGGAGACUCUCAGGACUGUUGGUUGGGAUGGAACGAUCAUUCCUGGAGUCUGAACUGUUCUGAUGAUGAUGGUUGGUACUGUGUCUGUCACAAUAACAGAGUAACAUCUUCCUCUCCCUCAGUCUCUGACAGAGUAGCAGUGUAUGUGGACGUUCCUGCUGGAACUCUGUCCUUCUACAGAGUCUCCUCUGACAGACUGAUCCUCCUCCACACCUUCAACACCACAUUCACUGAACCUCUCUAUCCUGGGUUCGGGUUCUGGCCCGUGUCUGGUUCUUCAGUGUCUCUGUGUUGAGUUCAGUCUCAAGAGUCUCCUCCUGUCAGAGAAACUGUCUCUGUUGGACAGAUAGUUGAGUCUGUACAUGUCUGUCUCUGUUUCCAUCAGAACAACUGAAUCACAUGUUGGUGAAACUGUUCUGAAUGAUUCCUUGGAAACUUCUUCCUCUUCCAGUCCUGUAAAGGUGAAAGCUGCCGUUAUUCCAGGAUCCACAUGUUGUUCUUCUGUCUGUCUCCAGUCAGAGCUUCACAGUGAACAGCAGCAUGUUGUUUCUCUGCAGCUCAGAUCAGCUGAGAUCAUUCACUUCAUGUCAGAUGCAGGUAGUUUGCUGCACAUGUGACCAACUGUGAUGUCAGAGAGGAAUCACUGAGCUGCAAUCAGCCCAGAUGAAGUUACAACCUGCUGACAGAUCUGAGCACAAGGUUGCUGUGCAGCCAGGAUUCAUCCUGGUCUUUAUUCUCACCCACUUCCUGUUCCAACCAGGACAUCACUACUGGACUAUCAGGUCUCUGUCAUGGUAAAGUGUUUGUUUAUGUGUGAGCUCUCACCAAGAUGAUUAAGAUGAUCCAUCCAUCUUCUAGAACUGCUUCUUCAUGUUCAGGGUCCCGGGGGUCGGCCUUGUUGUUUUACACUGAUUUUACAAAAAGAAGGGCUACUUUUUGAAUAAAGUUCCCCUUUGAUGACAAUAUUUGAUAUUCACUGAUUAAAAGCGCUGCCUCAACAUUUCCUCAAAAUAAUUAUCAAAUUGAUUUAUAGGAAACAUAUUUCAACACAAAUUUUUUUUAAUUCUUAAUCCAUUUAGUUUGUUCCAAUUUCAAAUGAUCACUUAUGUUUGACUUAUGUUUGACACUUACAUUUUAGUAGCAAAUUAUGAACAUCUUCAAAUCACGUCCCAUUAAUGCAAAAUUAACCCCCAUAACACUUCAUGAAGUCCCACAUUUGUACUUAGAAUAAAAUAUGUAGCACUGUUCUGAAGGUCUGCAUGACAGAUGGUUGAUUUAAGAACAUCCAGCCACCAGGGGGGGCUGCUGCACUCGACCCCACUGAGUGCUGCUUAUCGUGGCAGAACAAGUGAGACAAUGACGAGAAGCUGGACGAUGUGGAUGAAGCUGUUAUAAUACUUUGUCAUGAAUCUGAUCUUUGUGGUUCAAUGUGCGUCCAGAGAAACAUAAGUUAUAUUGUUGUUUAUUGGAAACACUUCUUUGUUGUUAUAUUUUAUAAGUCUGCUGGUGAGUAUUUCCAGCAGUGUUAUUUACUUCGCUAAUCGUUCAAAAGUCAUUAGUUAUGUUAUCUGAAUGUCACUGACUGUUUUCUUUGUUUCCAGUUAAAUGUGAUAGUAUCCUAUCAUGCAUAGUAUCUCAUGUAUAUGAUUUCAUGCUAAUAACAUUAUUAUUUGGAUUGUGUGCUAUGGUUAAAGGAGCUUGAGGCAAGAAUAAGAAAUGAGACUCAUUAGCGACACGACGACCGUCGGGGUUCCUGCAGCCAACAGCAAAGCCGGCACGGGAGCGCGUGUGUAAUCUCAUGUGAUUUUCAAAUCAAGCUCUAAAUAUGACUUACAAUGUUAUCUUACCUGGUCAGUGGGAAAUGAGCCAUGUCAGCAUCUGUUUUCAGUCCCAAUUCAAGUAGAAGCUGCCUCCAUGACUCAAACGCGUAUCCAAUGUUUACUCGUGUGCCUCGUGUGAACACGCAUGCAGCGUCAUGUGACGUCACAUCCGCAGGACAGCGCGGGAAACUCGGCCCCAGCACUGCAGCACAUUUUGCAGCACACAGCCUGUUCAAGGCAACGGAGAGAUACACUAGAGGGCUCAUUCUUUUUGGUUUGGAACGCUUCAUCUGACAUUAUUACUAGAAAACUUAAAACGUAUACGCAUUUUUUUCAUAAAUCCUGCCUCAUGCUCCUUUAAACAUGUGUUUAUUGCUGUUUAUCGAUUUCUAUUAUUCUUUGGUUUAUUCCAGAACCACAUACACACACCACAUCUGUAAGUGCACUCUCUAGACUGGAUUAAAGCUCUGUAAAGGAAA